ACGAUAUCAUUUAUACGUCUUUUAUUUACUUAACAUCAUACUCUAAUUAGACUAUCACACUAAUGUAUUCAUAAAAGAUCAUUAAAGUCAAAAAAUAAAAGUUCAUAUUGUCUAAGAAUAUUGUAACACAUAAAAAGUAUUAAUAAAGUAAUAAAUUGAACUGUUUGCCAACAAAUUCAUAUAAAAACCAAGAUUAUUAUCUACUUACUUCAGUGGCUCAGCUACCCUAAGUGGAUCUUGGUUUCGGUUCAGCGGUUAAACUCAAUCGAGUACACGAGAUUCUUUUAAAUCUUUGGCGACUUAACUUUUCCACCAAUAUCUUGAGCGAACCACCCUUCGUUCUACGUGUCUCAGCCAGCGAAGUCAGGUCGAUUUUUUUUCCCCGAUUAUAUUACACUGGACACUAAUUCUUCUAUUUCUUUUUUGAACUCAUUUACGAAAACAUUUUUGUCUAAUUGAAGUAAUGAAAACGAAAAUUUUCUUUUAAUUCCAGAGGAGAGAAAUUAUAUGUCACAGCGGACAAACGAGGCGAAAAAGGAGGUUGCAAACGACCUCUGUGCUGGACGCUCCUGGGACUGGUGAUCGCGACAAUAGUGGCGUUGAUUGUACUCGCAGCCACUGGUGUACUUUUCGCAAACUCACCAACGACUGUUGAACAAUACAACUCGUCGAUUAGUUCAGCGCGAGCACUCGGAGGCAUCGACAAUUUCAAUCAAGACAAACAUGACGACCACGCGGACCACGGCGCACAAACUACAACUGAACAGACGCAAAACGACGAAGGUCUCGAAAGCUCUGAUGAAAUAGCCGACGCUUCUAUGUAUGGUUAGUGUACGCAUUUCAAUUAACCGAAAAUAUCGCUAAACUAAAAAUUCUACAUCAUCAUUAUCAGCCCUUUUACGCCCCACUGCAGGGCUAAGGGAUUCCUCGAUUUGACACGCCGCUAAUGCAGUUUAUUCCAAAAUUAGAAUGUUAUGAAACGAAACUGACAAAUGAAGCACGAGGAUCUUUAUUUUGUAAUAAGUUUCGUAACAACUACAUUCAUAUAAAAUCAGAUAUUUAAAACAUAUAUUCUAGUACCUAUGUGUCUCUUAGUACCUAUGUACCUAUUUUAACAAUGUCUGUUUCUAUAAAUAAAAGAAUCUAAUUUGUCUUUUCCGACAGUGCCCCGAACAGUUGAAGGUGAAUUGACCAUAGACAAUGAAGAUUUCACUCCUGAAAUGCAGAAUCCUGAUAGCCCAGAAUAUCAACAAUUUACCUCUACAUUCAAUGAGGCAUUGAAAAAGGCUAUAUUUGAUCGAAACACUAUAGAAAAGGGAAACAACGAUAUUACCAUUGAAAUCAUAGAAAUCAAAAAAGGAUCAUUAAUAGUGACCUAUAGAAUUCACUGGACUCCGAAGGCAAAUUCAGAAUCUAAUGAAGAGUUACUAACAGCAAAAACAUUACGGAUGAAAUUGAACAACUAUCUCUCUAAAAACGAUAGAAUGAUUAGCACUUAUCAUGUAGCAGAAAACAGAAUUACAUCAAGGCCUGUUCUAGAUAUGUGUAAAUUAAGCAAUAACGAAUGUCAAUACAAAUGUGAAUUCGAUGAAACCACUCUAGAUUUCACAUGUACUUGUCCACCUGGUAAAGUGUUAGAUAUUGCAAAUCCCAAGAAGUGUAUUACACUCUUCCCAGACUCCGAACCAACGGAUUCCCGUUUUGAUGAAAAUACCAAACAAAAAGAUGUAAAUUUCGAAAUGAGUACAAACCCAAGUACAACAAAACCGGUUUCAGAAGAAGAAAAAUCAGAUGAAUUCGAAACAGUGAUGAACUUCCAAAAUUCGAAUCCAAAAUCUCAUGAUUCUGAUUCGACACAAGAAGACGAAAACGUCGUACUUCAUAAUAGUCAUGCACCUGAACCUGCACCAGUAGCAGAACCAGAGCCUACAUCUGAACCGACAUCCGAACCAAUUACAGAGUCUACCUGGUUCGGUAUGAACGCAGAAAGGGUUGACCUACCUUCCAAACCAGUUUCCAAACCAUCUGCUGAACCAUCUGCGGAACCGACAGCUGAACCAUCUGCUGAACCAACCACCGAACCAACUGCUGAACCAUCUGCCGAACCAUCCGCCGAACCAUCAGCCGAACCAGCCGCCGAACCAGCCGCCGAACCAGCCGCCGAACCAGCCGCCGAACCAGCCGCCGAACCAGCCGCCGAACCAGCCGCCGAACCAGCCGCCGUACCUACCGCCGUACCUACCGCCGUACCUACCGCCGAACCUACCGCCGAACCAGCAGCCGAACCAGCCGCCGAACCAGUCUUCGAACCAGUCUUCGAACCAGCCGCCGAACCAUCCAAAGAAGCAUCUGCCGAACAAUCUGCCGAAUUACCAGUCUUACCAUCCAUAGAACCAACUGCUGAACCAUCCGCUGACUCAAAUACUGAACCAGCCGCUGAACCGACUCCUGAACCAUCACCUAAGCUAGUGGCUGGACCAGAAACAGAACCUACAGCCGAACCACAGCCGACUUCAGAGCCACACACAUCGGCAGAGUCUGUAACGACUACACCUAUAACUUUAAGUGAGCCUGCAACAGAUUCGUCAUUUGAAGUGGAAUCAGCUUCGGAAUCUACUCAACCGAAUAUACACGAUUUCGUGCACAUAUUCUCGAAACUGCCUAAAGGAUCUUCAAUCGAAGCGGAAACCACCGUCGAACCCGAACCGUCUACGGAACCUACGCCGAUACACAAAAUUCCCGGAUAUCUUGAAUCUACUAUUUCAAAUAAUAUGGACUCUUCGGAUGAACUAGAGUCACAUAAAACUAAUGCAACUGACGAGCCUUAUGGCAGUUACGAAACUGAACGAACUUCUCUUGAAAUAAGUCCAAAUGUUUAUAAAAAUGAAUAUAUACCUAAUAAAGUAACUUCAUUAGAAACAACUACAAUAAAUGAUGGCCAACAACGUGUAUACGAAACCAAAAUCGAACCGACCACAGAAAGCGAUUGGCUAGAAAAUGGUAAAAACUAUAUAAAUAUAAAUAAUCCUGAUGUAUUUACUCAAUCACGGUCAUUUUCAUCAGGAGUCAGUGAAAUAUUAGCUGAAAUUACUACAGAAAACAAUAGUGAAGACAUUUCUUUUCACAAUAUAAUAAACAAAAGUAAGUCAAAUUCAGAUGAAAUUACAACUAUGCAGAACGAGGAAAAUACUAAAAUGCCAUUAGUGGAAAAAUCAAACAGCGAAUCUACAGUUUUAGUAACUACAUCUACGCCUACACAAUCUAUAAAUGAAUCUUUUAAUACAAUGAAGAUUUCCGGAAAUAUUAUGUCUGAACAAACAACACCGAACGGCAAUAAUUCAAAUUCAACUGACAAUAUUAUGGAUCUCACAACUACAAGUGGUCCUGAAACAGACACUGAAUUUUCUUUAAAUGCGUUAAAUAAAUCUGAAGAAGAUAAGCACUUAAUGGACGCUUUAAAGACUGUAACUGCAAAUCCUAUGGCAUCAAAAAUUUCAACGACAGAAAAAGAUUCACAGGACGAUAGUGUGGAUAUAACCUUUGAAGAUAUUAACGCACCAGUUUCUUUCAACCGUUCAUCAAAGUCCAUACUCAAUGAAAGUACAACUCAAGAAUUAUCAGAAAUAAAUAGCACUACGGAGUCAGAGUGGCUAGUAGAAAACAUCACAGAAGUCCCAUAUGACGAAGAUAUGAACAAAAUGAAAAAGAUCAUGACAACUGAAACUUCCAUAAACAAGGCAGAUGAACUUACAAAUCAAGGCGACUUUGAACCUGAUUACUUCAGCAAUAUGGGCACUACUAAUAACAAAAUGUCUGAUACUGACGUACCUAUAUACGGCAUGAUACAAGACUAUGACGGUGAUUUACGAGUAAAAAGGGUUAAUGAAGAUGAAGAAAUGAACGCCACUCCGGUAAUGCUGGAAGAGUUAAUGACAAAGUCAAAUUUAAAAGAAACUACUACUGAAGUAAUCUCUACGGAAAGCUCUCAGAAUAAAUCUGAAACUACAACAAUAACCGAAUAUAUUUACAAAACUACUGAACAAGACGCAAUUUUGCCGACUUCAGAACCACAACCAGCCCCUGUUUGGGAACAACCUGAAACAGGUAUGGACUUUAGUGUUAAAGAAUUACCGUCUAAUUUAACCAAAGAUCUUACAACGAUAUUAACAAAUACUCCUGAAGAAAUAACGUCGAUUCCCGAAACUGAAACUGAAAAUAAGGAAGAAAGUUAUGAACACAACAGAAAUAUAACGCAGAUUAGAAAUUUGAACGUCAACGUAUAUGAAGUGUCUAGUCAUAAGGAAAACAAUACCUUUUCCACCACAAGUACAAACUCCCACUCAGCAGAACACGAGGAACCGGAAUCAGAAAACCCUUUUUUGCCAGAAGUCGAAAACAAUAAACAUCUGGUUAAGAAAUUACAGGAAGGGCAUGAUAUAGAACCAACUAGCGUAAAUGAAACACAAAAUGAAAACGUCGAAGAACAUAAUAUUAAUAUAUCAGACUCACAAUCAUCUUCAAUUAAUGAAGCAGUAACGACUGUGACUACACAUAGUGAGAGUGGUGGUGAGACGGUUGAGGAUAAUGGAACUGAUAAUUUAAGCAACGAAUCACAACCAGAAAAAAUGAAUAACAUGUCAAACGAUACAGAAGUAUCAAAAUCUGAAGAAGCAAAGAUGAGAGUGGGUACUGAACAAGUGGACUCUAUGGAACAAUCAACUUCACUUAUAUCUUUCCUGUUGGACACUGAUGAUUUAGACAAAAACUCAGUGACUACAAAAACAGACGGAAUAAUUAAGGAAUCAAACUCAAUUUCAGACGAGCUCAGUGUUAUCCCUGUAGCCAAAAACAUUCCAGAGACAUCGUUGAAAAAUUUUGACAAAGAAACCAAUCAAAAACUCAAUGACAUCGCAAGUGAUUCAACAAAAAAUAGUGACAGGACUCAAAAAGUCGUAUUCAGCAAUCAAAAUUCGAUACUUAAUGCGGCGUAGUGCUCGCUCACUUUAGUUAGUUGUAUGCAGUAAGUUUUUAAUUACUGUUAUGUUUCCUGUGAUGCUAUAGUAACUGUCGAACAACUUAUUUGAACUAUAAACAGUUUACGCCAAUGUAAAUGCAACAUUUUAGUUAUUGGUAUUUAAUUUAGGUACUUAUUUGUUGUGUGAAUACAAAUGUAUCACACAUAUUCAAUAGUGCCUAGGUGCCAACUCACCUACUACCUUAUGAGGAAGAUAAUUGUUGAGUAUGUCGAUAUACCUAUAUAAUAUUUUAUUAGACUAGUCAAUCUAGGAAAGAGUCAUGUCAUCUUGAGGUUUAGAUUUAUUUAUUGCUUCAAUAAUAAUUAUUUGCAGAUCGGUGCAAGUACCUCGCUUUCAUAUUUUUCUGAAUUUCCAAAUUUAUAUGUAAUUAUUUUCUCAAGCACAGGAGAAAUUUAGAACGUAUUCCUACUUUAAAUUGUUACCAGAACUAAAUGUAUAUUGUAGUUAUUUUAUCAAAAAUUACGUAACAUCGUAAAUGGGUGAAAUAAAUUAUUUCACUGUGUGAUGAAAUAAGAUUCUGCCAUGCUGUAAUGUGAUAACUUGCAGAUAUUAUGGACAAUCCAUUCGCACUUAUUUUAACUUAGAGGGUCUGACUGUAAUAUAAUAAUUAAAAUAGUAGUUGUUAACUAAGAUAUAUUUUGUAUAAAUGGUUGAAAUUGUAAAGAAUUACGUUGUAAAUAAAUUUAAAGUUAAUACAUAAAUAUGUGACUUAUUUAACAACUUAUCACUAAUUAUCACAAACUAUAAUAAGUACUUUUUAUAAAUUCAUACAAUAGCUACUUGUAGAUAAAGGAAACUAAAUAACACUCACACUUAAUGUCAGUUUAAGGUCUUCGC